AUGGAUUCACAACGAAAACCAAGAAAUCCUAUAAGAGACCAUCGUACAGUGUUAUUUUUGAUAAAACAAAUCAAACAGCAUUCUUGUUUGUGGAAAACCGAUGAUGCAAAUUACCGUAAUACUGCCGCUCGAAAGGAAGCUUGGCAGUCGAUCGCCACACUAAUCGAUGAGCCUGUUCCUAUCAUAAUGCGAAAAUGGCGAAGUUUAUGCACGUCUUACCAAAAAAUCAAAGAGGACUUAAAAAAGAGCCAAACACCAAAAUCAGGUUUACUGCAACCGACUUGGUUCGCAUAUUAUGCGAUGGAUUUUUUGUCCAAGUCGGUUAAAAAGCGUAGAGGCGGUAAGCCCAGAUAUUUAAUACUGGAUGGGAGAACGGAGCAAACUACACUUGAGCAUAAUGUGCAUGAAAAUACUGAUCCAGAAGAGGACUCUGAAGAAGAGCAUCAAGAAUUUAAUGAGAAUUCGGACAAACAUUAUUUAAGUGUGCAAAGUAAAAGUACGAUGCCUUAUAACAUAAACGAAAAACUCGAACAUGUAGAGCACCUCAAAAAGAAUGAGGUUGAUAACAUGGUAGAGGAGGACAUUGAAGAAGAGGAAAUAGAGGAAGAACAUCCGGAUUGUGAUAUAUCAUCUGAGAAAAAAACCCAAAUAGUUCUAGAUAGUGAUUUAGACGAAGACCAACAAGAUUUCAGUGAGAUGCUAGAGAAACGUUAUCGGAAUGCAAAGCGUAAAUCUACAUUGCUCUACGAUUUGAACGAAAAACUCGAGCACGAACUACACCGACAUAAAAUGCAAUUGCAGCAACAACAUAUAAAAAUAUCUGCCUUGAAAAAGAAGCUUCAAAUAUCUGAACAGAAAUUAGUUAAAUAUUCUAAAUUAUCACAGGAUGAUAUGUUGAGAUUUGAAUCAGUUGAAUUAAAAGAAGGAUCUAGAGCGUUGGAAGAAAACGAAAAUUGGAACAUGACUGAUGCUGCGUCUUCCUCGCCACAGCCAUCACCAACACACGUAUCAGCUGAGCAGCAUGACGACCCUCUCUGCAACAGUUUGCAUCGCUCGAAAACUUUAAAGCAAGAGCCUCAAGUGGGCAAUUCUUUGAAUAGGUUGCAAAGUAUAGUUGAAGGUUUUUCAAAUAAAAUAAAUCGUCGUUACAGUAGUUUCGGUGAGUUUAUAGUGGAUGAACUCAACGAGCUCGAUACGGCUACUAGUAUGCGAUUGAUAAAUCAAAUAACAUCGAUGCUGCAGCGGGAAUCUUCCGCCUAUCGCAAUCAUUAAUUUGAAAAUAUAACAUGAGU